AUGACCGAACGAGAAGCUAAAGCAAAAGAAAUUCUAUCGAAAGACACGAAACCCGUUGGACGUUUCUGGGCAAAUAAAUACAAAAAUGAGGCAGCCAAAAAUUGGGAUUUAUUCUAUAAACGAAACAAGACAAAUUUUUUCAAGGACAGACAUUGGAUAAGUCGCGAGUUUGAGGAAUUGAGUGUCCAUGAAGAUGAGGAAGAUGUUUCAAAGCAACAAAAAAUAGUUUUGGAAUUAGGCUGUGGCGUGGGUAAUUUUAUGUUUCCGAUUCUCGAUGCAAAUCCUUUUGUUUUCAUAUACGCGUGUGAUUUCUCGAAACGGGCUAUUCAAUUUGUUCAGAAUCACGAAAAGUACAAAGAGACGCGGUGUCAUGCUUUCGUUGCCGACAUUACAAAAGACCCGUUAAGUUCACUUAUAUAUCCAAACACUGUGGAUUUAGUCUCGGCGAUAUUUGUCGCAUCCGCUAUUCCACCAGAGAUGCAUUCACAGAUGCUUGAGAACAUCAAAGAGGCAAGUGUGAUGAAGCCCGGAGGUAUAGUGUGUUUUCGCGAUUAUGCUAUUUACGAUGAGACACAGCUUCGAUUUUCCACAAGUGGCAAUCACAAAAUAGAAGAAAAUCUAUACGUUCGACAGGACGGUACGAUGUCGUAUUUUUUUUCGAUAGAGUACUUAACGCAGCUGUUUGAAACGCAUGGGUUCAAAAAAAUAUACGCAGAAUAUAUCGAACGCGAAACUACAAAUAGAGCUCAAGAGUUGACGGUAGAUCGAGUCUUUUUGCAGGCUAAAUUUGUAAAGUUGUAA